AUGGUGUAUGCCACAACGGUAAAGGGACUACGAAGUGAUACCUACUACGACCUGCGUGUCUUGGUCAUCGAUCAAGACGGCAUGUACAGGGAACGUGGCGCAAAAGUCACGCGUUUCAGAACCGCUUGUGGGGAACCGUUGCGGCCUCCUCAAAAUGUGGACAUAAGCAACAGCAGCACGAGCGAAAUCAUCGUGAGGUGGACGAACCCUGGCAUGGAGUAUUGGCAGUGCUGGAGCGUGAAUGUUGUACUCGAAAUCAAUGAUACGACACUGGAGUUCAACUUGACCGAGUCUAACGCGAGGCCCGGUGAU